AUGUCAAAUCGAUCAAUCAUUAUUGAAAGCAUGGAAAAUGGCCGGAAUCCCAUUCGAAGUAAUCGAAAAUCCUUUACACAGGAUUUAUUUAAAAAAUUAAAAUACGACCCACCAUCACGAUCUACACUUUCGGGAAGGCCUUUAGAUGCUGAGGUAGCACGAGUUACAAAUCUGGUCAAUAAAGAAAUUGAUCAUUGUAACAAUUUAACUUUAAGUUUUUCUUUUGCAGCACUUAAGUACCGUAUUUCGCGGGCUAAACCACCCCCGUCGGAUUAUGUGGAUCCUUCUAUGGCGCUAUAG